AUGGUGAGCGAGUUUCCGGGUCCGGGUUCUCGGGUCCCCUGGUGGCCAAGAGACGAGGCGCUGCGCGUGAACGUAGGCGGAGUGCGGCGGCUGCUGAGCGCGCGCGCCCUCGCGCGCUUCCCGGGCACGCGCCUGGGCCGCCUACAGGCGGCGGCGUCCGAGGAGCAGGCACGGCGCCUGUGCGACGACUACGACGCAGCGGCACGCGAGUUCUACUUCGAUCGGCACCCGGGCUUCUUCCUCGGCCUCCUGCACUUCUACCGCACCGGGCAUCUGCACGUGCUGGACGAGCUGUGCGUCUUCGCCUUCGGCCAGGAGGCUGACUAUUGGGGCCUGGGCGAGAACGCGCUGGCCACGUGCUGCCGCGCGCGCUACCUGGAGCGGCGUGUGGCGCGGCCUCGCGCCUGGGACGAGGACAGCGACGCGCCGAGCAGCGUGGACCCUUGUCCCGACGAGAUCUCCGACGUGCAGCGGGAGCUGGCGCGCUACGGUGCGGCCCGCUGUGGCCGCCUGCGCCGUCGCCUCUGGCUCACCAUGGAGAACCCCGGCUACUCGCUGCCCAGCAAGCUCUUCAGCUGCGUGUCCAUCGGCGUGGUGCUCGCCUCCAUCGCUGCCAUGUGCAUCCACAGCCUCCCGGAGUACCAAGCCCGGGAGGCGGCGGCGGCGGUGGCUGCAGUGGCCGCGGGUCACAGCGCAGAGGAUGUGCGCGACGACCCGGUGUUACGCCGCCUGGAGUACUUCUGCAUCGCCUGGUUCAGCUUCGAGGUAUCGUCGCGCCUGCUGCUGGCUCCCAGCACGCGCAACUUCUUCUGCCACCCGCUCAACCUCAUCGACAUCGUGUCGGUGCUGCCCUUCUAUCUCACACUGCUGGCCGGCGCGGCGCUUGGUGACCGGCGCGGAGCCAGCGGGGAGGAGCUCGGCGACCUGGGCAAGGUGGUGCAAGUGUUCCGCCUCAUGCGCAUCUUCCGAGUGCUCAAGCUGGCUCGCCACUCCACCGGGCUGCGCUCGCUGGGCGCCACGCUCAAGCACAGCUACCGUGAGGUGGGCAUCUUACUGCUGUACCUGGCUGUGGGUGUGUCAGUGUUCUCCGGUGUGGCCUACACAGCCGAAGAAGAGAACGAGGGCUUUGACACAAUCCCCGCCUGCUGGUGGUGGGGCACCGUGAGCAUGACCACAGUGGGCUAUGGGGAUGUGGUGCCGGAGACUGUGGCUGGCAAGCUGGCGGCCUCGGGCUGCAUCCUCGGGGGCAUCCUGGUGGUGGCCCUCCCCAUCACCAUCAUCUUCAACAAGUUCUCCCACUUCUACCGACGCCAGAAGGCACUGGAGGCAGCCGUGCGGAGCAGCGGCCAGCGCGAGUUUGAGGAUUUGCUGAGCAGUGUUGACGGGGUAUCCGACGUGUCUCUGGAAACAUCCCGGGAGACUUCUCAGGAGGGGCGCUCUACAGACCUAGAGACCCAAGCCCACAGUGAGCCUGCAAAAUCUCACAGUUAUUAA